AUGUUUGCAGACAGAGUACCGGAGCUGCCGUUCCGGAGCGGUUCCCGAGCGGACGCCUACCGACUGUCAGAUGUGUUCAGUCAACUCGGUUUCGAUGUCCAAAUGUAUGACAAUCAGACCAGUGGAAAUAGGGGGACAGAGCUGUCAGCUCAUGAAGCGCUGGUAGUUAUUAUACUGAGUCACAGCUGUGAGGAUGGUGUGCACGGGUCGGACGGACAAGUAGUUCCCGUGCCUACUAUAUUGGGGUAUUUUAAUAAUUACAACUGUCCGGUGCUGUUCAGAAAGCCUAAGAUGUUUUUUAUCAGCGCCUGCCGGGGAAGUGCACUGGACCGGGGUGUUUUUGUAGAGUUUGUGGCUGAGGGUCCACAGGCAAUGGAUUAUAGCCCCCGAGAACGAGUUCCCAUGUGGAGUGAUAUGUUUGUGUAUUAUUCAGCUAUACAAGGUAACCUAGUAAUUUACUAA